CCGCAGUCUGUGACUCACCAGUACAGCAGUGGAGGAGGAGUCUGGGCCUCAGCAGGCCUUCCGGACCCCACGCCGCCUCUCUUUCUCCCCUCCAUCCUGGAGCGCCCCGUCUCCUUCUCACCGCCGCCUGCCUGCCCUCCCUCCAAGGCCUACAACGCCCAACGCCGCAAGAGCACGUCUAUCUUGGAGGCCCAUACGCGCCACUUCCAGCCUGCCUACCCACGCUAUGCCAGCAGCCUGCACCCCUACCACCCGGGGAUGGAGGGGCUAGGUGUGGGUGGAGGAGGAGGAGGAGUGGAUGGACACCUGGGAGUGGAUCCCUCGUCCCUCUUCAUGGUGCCUGGCUACGGUGCUCCGAGGCUGGGGUCAUUAGGAGAGCCCAUGCACCAGCACCUCCAAGGGCAGUCCCUCCAGGACCCUCUGUAUGGGUACAAGGACGUGAGGGCGGAGCAGCAGGAGGAGGUGGUGGAGGCUGUGCGGAGGCUGAGUCUGAACCAGGCAGCGUUGCUGGAUCACUUCGAGGCCAUGGCCUAUGGGGGCUACCCCAUGACUGCUCACCAGAUCAACCAGAUCAGCUUCCACCAGCAGAUGCAGGCUGCGGCAGCCGCCAGCCUGGCCGUGUACGACCCUCCACAGCCGGCCUACGCCCAGACCUACCACCCCCACAUGCAGAGUCACAUGCGCCUCACCCACAGCCCCAUCCCUCAGCUGCCACCCAUGAGCACCUUGGGCCCGCAGGCCUCGGGUACUACCGAUGGGUACCAGCUGCAUCACUCCGCCUCCUUCCCCCAGUCCGCUCCCCCAGUCAUGGAGCCCCCGCAAGGCAGCGUGUUCGAGUUCCACGUCCAAAACAUGGCUACUGCAGCGGCCGCCUCUGGGGCCGACUCUGGCGUGCUGGCCUCUAGACUGUACCGGGCUCGCCGCGGCUCCAUGGACCUCAACCUGGAGGAGCAGGGGGGACCAGGAGGACAGUCAGGGGGGUCUGGGACCUACAGCCGCCUGCAGCCAGUCACUGAGGAACUCUACAGCUACGUCAGCCCUGAGAUGCCUCUUCCUCCUGGGAGCCUGUUACUGCACCAGGGUCAGAAGGACUGCAGCCCAGAACCUUCCAGUGACUCAAUGGCCUCUGACUGUGGAGAGUUCCACUCUCCUCCGCCCCAAUUCGGGGCCGCCUCGGCCGCCCAGUCCAUCCCACACACCUUCUACGGGGCGGAGGCCGGGGGGAGGGACACCACCGCAGAGGGCCAGGGAGUGGGCCACCCCCCCAGCCAGCAGACCUUUCUGUUUGUGCCUCCCUCCGAGUCCCCUGGGCGUCAGUCCUCUCACGUCAACAUACUACACACCACCUGGGCCCGACAGACGAACGUCCAACCCGACCUGUCGUACCAGGAGUUUCCUCUGGCCGUGCAGGGAAAGCCUGGGCUGCAGGUGCAGCAGGUCUCAACCUCCCAGCCCAACACUGGACACCCUCUGGCCCCCAACUCCCAGCCAGUCCCCAUCGCCCACCAACAAACCCCCCUGCAGGCCUCUCUCCCCCCCACCUCCCAGCCCAUGGUCUCUCAGCCCCAGCAGCAGCAGGCAGGCAGCACCGUGGUACAGAGCCCCUCUCAGACCCAGCUACCCCCUGGACCACAGCCCACACAGCCUUGCAGUAUGGCUCCACCUCCCUCCUCAAUGGGGCUCGUCUCUGUGGCACAGAUGGCCUUCAAUCAGCCCUCGGUCCCGGUUACUGCAGCUGCAGCCCAAGGGGCGGUGUCACCCAUGCAGCCGACCCCUGGGGGAGCCCUGGUGUCCCCACAGAGCCCUAUAGCAGCUGCAGCCUUACCUCUGCCUCCUGGGGCUCAUCCUCUACCUGGUUCUGUAUCUGUACCCACUCUGGUGACUCAUCCACCGCCGGCGCCACCGGCCUCCCCUAUGCCACCCCAAAUGAUGCCUACUCAGCCGCCGGUCGUUGUGGUGCCCGUCAUCAGCGUAGCCAGCACCUCCCCAGAGCCGCCAGGAGAUGCCCAGCCCCAGCCCUCUCAGACUGCUCCUCAGCCUUUGUCAUUGGAGCAGUCACAGUUACAACCACCACAAGUGCCCUCGUCCAUGGAGAGCGGUCACUCUGACGUGGCGUCCGGUCUGAGCGAUGGAAAUGAUGGAGGCAGACAAGAGGGGCGCUCCAUCAAGCGACACCAGCGGCGCUCAGUACGGAGUCGUUCUCGUACCGACAAGAUUGGCAAAGCAAAGUUGAAUGUACUAAAUAUAUCCAACAUGGGCGACAGGGUAGCUGAAUGCCAGUUGGAAACGCACAACAGAAAGAUGGUGACGUUUAAGUUUGAUCUGGACGGAGAUAACCCAGAGGAAAUAGCACAGAUUAUGGUCACCAGUCUUUUUAUACUGGAGAGCGAGAGGGAGUCGUUCAUCGAGCAGGUCCGUGAGGUCAUCGAGAUGGCUGACGAGAAGGGUCUGGAGAAAGAUGGAAACACCCAGAUUGUUUCCCAGAUAGUUAGUGACCUCCAGCAGCAACAGAUCCCUGCUAUAUCUGAACCGUUGCCAGGUAUCCCUUCCUGUGCAGCCCAGGUGGUCCACUCUGCAGGCAGGAGGUUUAUAGUCAGCCCCGUGCCUGAGUCCAGACUCAAGGACCAGUUCUUUGCUGACUCAGCGGCUGCAGGCUCUGCCCUACUGAGACAAGAUUCACAGUCCUUUAACGCUGGCCGUGCUGCAGGUCAGGGUCUGUCCCAGUCGGCCUCAGCGGUCAGCCUGCAACAGGCCUUCUCAGAGAUGAGACAGAAUCAGGGCCAGUACGACCCAGGACCCAGCACCGCUCCUCCCUCCAUCCACAUAGCCUCCCUGCCUGUCCUGGUCCCUGCUGCAGCCACCACCACCACCAUCCCAGUCUUCUCCACUGCUCCUAUAGCCUCUGCUCUUAUCCCCCAUGCUCAGGUUCCAUCUGAGGCCUCUGUGACCUCCCCUCCCCCCUCAGUCUCCAUCUCCCCUCCAGCCUCCACCUCCCCACCUGCAACCAUCCACCAGGCCACCGCACCCCUCCCCACCCAGCUCCAGUCUGUUGCUACCCAGCCUCUCUUUUCCCAGGCCCCUCUCACCCUGCCGGUGACCCAACCCGUGGUCUCCUCCGUACCUAGCGUUACAGCCCCAGUCCCUGCCCCAGCCACCUCUGUGUCCCCCCCAGCCCCUGCUGUCCUCCCCACCUCAGCCUCCUUCCCCCAGACCUCUGGCCCAGGCUCCAUCCCUGGUGGUCCCACCACCUCCAUACCCACUACAGUCCUUUGUCAUUCCGCCACGGCCCCCCUGGUCAGCAGCUGUAGCAGUGGUAGUGGAGGUGGAGGAAGCUCAGAGCAGCUCCCUGUCCCUUCCACUGCUGUCCCCCAGUUCACCGCUACCGUAGUCCCCACCACGGCUAUCCAAGGCCCCCUGCUAGCCCCCUCCAUGGCUAACCCCAGUGCAGAGCUCCCUUCUUCCUCCUCGCCUGUAGCCUCUCUAGGCCCAGGGGCCACGGUCCCUACCCAGCCCACCCUGGUGCACACCCAGCCCCAGCCCACCCUGGUGCACACCCAGCCCCAGCCCGCUACAAUGCCCAACCAGACCCACGCCCAGGGUGGGGAGUGUGAGGCGGCCCUGGGCAUCGAUGACAUCCACGCCCUGGAUAAGAAGCUUCGUUCCCUCUUCAUGGACCUGGGCGGUGGUGGAACCACCCAGGCCGAUGGCUCUAUCGACCCAGCCGGAGGCACUGGUGUCCCGGGAACUUCUUCCCCAACCGGUCCCUCAUCCACCGCCAGCUCCACAGGCACCCCCCUGCCCCCCUCCAGCCUCCCCCUGGCCUCCUCAGGACCAGGGCAUGUCUCUGGGACCCCCCUCACCACCCCGGGACAGGCUGGGACCCCUUCCACCUAUACCCAGACUACCCCCGCCAAAGCACCUCUGUCUAGGUUACCGGUGUUGCCUGUGGGCUCAGAUCAGGCUCAGGCUGGCCCCCCUCCUCCCUCAGACUACAUGGCACCCUUCCCAGGACCCUGUCUAACUCAGUCCCAGCAGCCUCUGGAAGACCUGGAUGCCCAGCUGAGGAGGGCCCUGAGCCCAGAGACUGUCUCUGUCAGCUGUGUCACCACACAGUCCUCCCUCACUGGGAUGCCUGCAGGUGGCCAGCCAGUGCCUUUCUCGCUGGAAGGGGAACCAAUCACGUCGCCUAUUGCUGGAGGAUUCCAACUUGGACGAUUCCAGGUCUCUGUGGCUGCAGACCAGUGUCCCCACAAAAUCGAGAGAGGGAGCCCCACAAAAUCCUCCUCCUCCUCCACCUCCUCUUCUUCCUCCUCUCUCUCCAGCCCAGAGAACACACUGCACAAUGUCUCCUCCCCUCUCCGCGGCGGUAAGACCGGUGGGGGAGAUGUUGUGGACGGCUUGCCCUCCCUCCCCCACCGGACCGCCUCCCCUCAGCCCACCACCAUUGGCCGCUUCCAGGUCACCAACGCACCGGAUGCCAGGGUGGGCCGCUUCUCAGUGAGCCGAGCCCAGGAUGAGGCAGCCGAGGCUGUGUUCGAGCAGCCACCCGCUUCCCAGGCUAACGGGCCUAGUACUGAUCCUAGCUUGGCCACCAUGCUCUUCAGCCCAGAGGACAAACAGAGCUCCCUGCCCAGCCUCAACAACUCCUACAUGAGCUCUGAUAACGACUCUGAGUUUGAGGACGAGGACUUGAAGAGGGAGGUCAACCGGUUACGGGAAAAGCACAUGAAGGAGAUCCAGGCCCUGCACACCAAGCAGAAGGAUGAGAUUGACUCCCUGUUCGCCAGGCUGGGCAAGGUGCCUCCAGCCGUGGUGGUCCCUCCAGCUGUAGCCCUGGCCGGUCGCAGGAGACGACCCACCAAAAGCAAGAGCAGCAAGUCCAGCCGCUGCAGCUCCUCCCAGGGCAGCAAGAGCCCCCUGCAGCCAGGCAGCACUUUAUCUGCACAGAGCGCCCCCUCAGUGUACCCACCCUACCAGGCUCUCCUCCUGGCCCCUGUGGGCCUCCCCGACCCCAACCUCCACCCUGCCUCAGGGAGCCGACCACGGCCCCUCAAGCAUCUCGGCCCCUCCAGUGAGAAUCUGUGCUCUACCUACACCAGCGAAGCUACGCUGUCCGUGCCCAGUCUCUGUGCCCCCACCCAAGGCUGUGUAACGUUCAGCUGUGGGUCGGAGAGAGUGACCAUCAAACCAGGUGGUGGCAGAAGGACCCGUUUUCUGAGUACGCCCUGCUUGGCUCUUUGUGUGUAACGCUUCUUCCUCUUCCUUUGUCUUCUUUCUCCUUCACUUCCUACUUCCUGUCAUGGGAUUUAUCUCUUGUCUUCCGAUUGGGAGCCUUUUCUCCUCUCGGGCAUUUUAGCCUAUAAAAAAAAAUUGGCCUCAUUUAUAGAUAAUUGUAGAUCAAUGACUCAAUGACCACUGAUGAGGCAUCAUCACAUAGAUUAAUGGAUACAUGUGUCUAAUGUCAUUCUCUACAGUCGUGGCCAAAAGUUUUGAGAAUGACACAAAUAUUAAUUUUCACAAAGUCUGCUGCCUCAGUUUGUAUGAUGGCAAUUUGCAAAUACUCCAGAAUGUUAUGAAGAGUGGUCAGAUGAAUUGCAAUUCAUUGCAAAGUCCCUCUUUGAAUCCCCCCAAAAAAUAUUUCCACUGCAUUUCAGCCCUGCCACAAAAGGACCAGCUGACAUCAUGUCAGUGAUUCUCUCGUUAACACAGGUGUGAGUGUUGACGAGGACAAGGCUGGAGAUCACUCUGUCAUGCUGAUUGAGUUCGAAUAACAGACUGGAAGCUUCAAAAGGAGGGUGGUGCUUGGAAUCAUUGUUCUUCCUCUGUCAAACAUGGUUACCUGCAAGGAAACAUGUGCCGUCAUCAUUGCUUUGCACAAAAAGUGCUUCACAGGCAAGGAUAUUGCUGCCAGUUAGAUUGCACCUAAAUCAACCAUUUAUCGGAUCAUCAAGAACUUCAAGGAGAGCGGUUCAAUUGUUGUGAAGAAGGCUUCAGGGCGCCCAAGAAAGUCCAGCAAGCACCAGGACCGUCUCCUAAAGUUGAUUCAGCUGCGGGAUCGGGGCACCACCAGUACAGAGCUUGCUCAGGAAUGGCAGCAGGCAGGUGUGAGUGCAUCUGCACGCACAGUGAGGCGAAGACCUUUGGAGGAUGGCCUGGUGUCAAGAAGGGCAGCAAAGAAGCCACUUCUUUCCAGGAAAGACAUCAGGGACAGACUGAAAUUCUGCAAAAGGUACAGGGUUUGGACUGCUGAGGACUGGGGUCAAGUCAUUUUCUCUGAUGAAUCCCCUUUCCGAUUGUUUGGGGCUUCCGGAUAAAAGCUUGUCCGGAGAAGACAAGGUGAGCGCUACCAUCAGUCCUGUGUCAUGCCAACAGUAAAGCAUCCUGAGACCAUUCAUGUGUGAGGUUGCUUCUCAGCCAAGGGAGUGGGCUCACUCACAAUUUUGCCCAAGAACACAGCCAUGAAUAAAGAAUGGUACCAACACAUCCUCCGAGAGCAACUUCUCCCAACCAUCCAGGAACAGUUUGGUGACGAACAAUGCCUUUUCCAGCAUGAUGGAGCACCUUGCCAUAAGGCAAAAGUGAUAACUAAGUGGCUCGGGGGAACAAAACAUCAAUAUUUUGGGUCCAUGGCCAGGAAACUCCCCAGACCUUAAUCCCAUUGAGAACUUGUGGUCAAUCCUCAAGAGGCGGGUGGACAAACAAAACCCACAAAUUCUGACAAACUCCAAGCAUUGGUUAUGCAAGAAUGGACUGCCAUCAGUCAGGAUGUGGCCCAGAAGUUAAUUGACAGCAUGCCAGGGCGGAUUGCAGAGGUCUUGAAAAAGAAGGGUCAACACUGCAAAUAUUGACUCUUUGCAUCAACUUCAUGUAAUUGUCAAUAAAAGCCUUUGAUACUUAUGAAAUGCUUGUAAUUAUACUUCAGUAUUCCAUAGUAACAUCUGACAAAAAUAUCUAAAGACACUGAAGCAGCAAACUUUGUGGAAAUUAAUAUUUGUGUCAUUCUCAAAACUUUUGGCCACGACUGUACAUUCCCAUCCUCGUGCAUUAAAGUCAUGUAUCUAGUUUAUAACCACAGACAGACCGUGUGGAGGCAGAGCCUUAAACAUCUGACCCAGUCUAUAAACCAUGUUGAUUAUUAUCACCUAUAGCAACAGUAAUGUCUCCGUAAAGCAUGUUGAGCUAUAAGACCGGUACAGUCGAGAACGGGGCUCUCCGACCCUGUUCCUGAGUCUUCGCCCCAAUCCCAGUUGGAACUAACCUGAUGCAUCUUCUUAACCAGCUAAUUGUUAGAAUCAGAUGUGUUAGAUUAUGGUUGGAGAGAGAACCUACAGGAGAGUAGCUCUCUAGGAACAGGGCUGGAGAGAACUGUUCUACAGUGUAAUAGAUAUUUAUAUAUAAUACCAAGGUGAAAUAUUUGCCACUUGGUCCUCCACACUGAUCCAUUUCCACUACGGUCCCAUACUCUCCACUCAGGACAAUAUCUAAUCAUAAUAUUAUCAUGUCUAAUGUUUCUUCAUCCAGCUAAUAAUCACCCUGAUUUAAACCGUACAGGCUAUACUAUACGACUACCAUUUAGUUAUAGUCUGUACUACAGUACUACCCUUUAGUAAUAGUUAUGGUCUGUACUACUACCCUUUAGUAAUAGUUAUGCUCUGUACUACUACCCUUUAGUAAUAGUUAUGGUCUGUACUACAGUACUACCCUUUAGUAAUAGUUAUGGUCUGUACUACAGUACUACCCUUUAGUAAUAGUUAUGGUCUGUACUACUACCCUUUAGUAAUAGUUAUGCUCUGUACUACUACCCUUUAGUAAUAGUUAUGGUCUGUACUACUACCCAUUAGUAAUAGUUAUGGUCUGUACUACUACCCUUUAGUAAUAGUUAUGGUCUGUACUACCCUUUAGUAAUAGUUAUGGUCUGUACUACAGUACUACCCUUUAGUAAUAGUUAUGGUCUGUACUACAGUACUACCCUUUAGUAAUAGUUAUGGUCUGUACUACAGUACUACCCUUUAGUAAUAGUUAUGGUCUGUACUACAGUACUACCCAUUAGUAAUAGUUAUGGUCUGUACUACUACCCUUUAGUAAUAGUUAUGGUCUGUACUACAGUACUACCCUUUAGUAAUAGUUAUGGUCUGUACUACAGUACUACCCAUUAGUAAUAGUUAUGGUCUGUACUAUACUACUACCCUUUAGUAAUAGUUAUGGUCUGUACUACAGUACUACCCUUUAGUAAUAGUUAUGGUCUGUACUAUACUACUACCCUUUAGUAAUAGUUAUGGUCUGUACUACAGUACUACCCAUUAGUAAUAGUUAUGGUCUGUACUACAGUACUACCCUUUAGUAAUAGUUAUGGUCUGUACUACAGUACUACCCAUUAGUAAUAGUUAUGGUCUGUACUAUACUACUACCCUUUAGUAAUAGUUAUGGUCUGUACUACAGUACUACCCUUUAGUAAUAGUUAUGGUCUGUACUACAGUACUACCCUUUAGUAAUAGUUAUGGUCUGUACUACAGUACUACCCUUUAGUAAUAGUUAUGGUCUGUACUAUACUACUACCCUUUAGUAAUAGUUAUGGUCUGUACUACAGUACUACCCUUUAGUAAUAGUUAUGGUCUGUACUACAGUACUACCCAUUAGUAAUAGUUAUGGUCUGUACUAUACUACUACCCUUUAGUAAUAGUUAUGGUCUGUACUACUACCCUUUAGUAAUAGUUAUGGUCUGUACUACAGUACUACCCUUUAGUAAUAGUUAUGGUCUGUACUACAGUACUACCCUUUAGUAAUAGUUAUGGUCUGUACUACUACCCUUUAGUAAUAGUUAUGGUCUGUACUACAGUACUACCCUUUAGUAAUAGUUAUGGUCUGUACUACAGUACUACCCAUUAGUAAUAGUUAUGGUCUGUACUACUACCCUUUAGUAAUAGUUAUGGUCUGUACUACAGUACUACCCUUUAGUAAUAGUUAUGGUCUGUACUACAGUACUACCCAUUAGUAAUAGUUAUGGUCUGUACUAUACUACUACCCUUUAGUAAUAGUUAUGGUCUGUACUACAGUACUACCCUUUAGUAAUAGUUAUGGUCUGUACUAUACUACUACCCUUUAGUAAUAGUUAUGGUCUGUACUACAGUACUACCCAUUAGUAAUAGUUAUGGUCUGUACUACAGUACUACCCUUUAGUAAUAGUUAUGGUCUGUACUACAGUACUACCCAUUAGUAAUAGUUAUGGUCUGUACUAUACUACUACCCUUUAGUAAUAGUUAUGGUCUGUACUACAGUACUACCCUUUAGUAAUAGUUAUGGUCUGUACUACAGUACUACCCUUUAGUAAUAGUUAUGGUCUGUACUACAGUACUACCCUUUAGUAAUAGUUAUGGUCUGUACUAUACUACUACCCUUUAGUAAU